AUGUCUUCCACGCGCCGCAUCACCAAGGAAUACGGCGAGCUCACCCAGACCCCGCCCGACGGCUACCAGAUCGCGCUCGGCCCAAACGACGCGCUGCACACCUGGCACGUCACGCUCACCGCGCCGGCCGACAGCGUCUACCACCCGGGCCGCUACGGCAUCGUGCUGUCUCUGCCGGCCGAGUAUCCGUUCAAGGCGCCCGUCGCCAAGUUUGUCACGCGCAUCUACCACCCCAACGUCACCAACGACUCGCUCGGCAGUAUCUGUUUGGGGCUGCUCAAGACGGAGAAUUGGAAGCCGAGCACCAAGAUUGUGGCUGUCCUUGAUGCACUCCGCAACUUGCUGGUUGAGCCCCUGCCGGAUGACCCGCUGGAGGACCGCAUCGCGGAGCAGUACAGGAAUGACCGCGCGGGUUUCGACAAAUCUGUCAAGGGCUUUGUGGAAAAGUACGCCAUGGGGGAGCCUACGUUUCCCGCGGGGCCGUAG